CUGCUUCUGAAAAGUUUAAGUUAAGCUUAAUGAAUUAAUACUGUAGCUAUAGGCUCUAAAUAUAUUCUUGAUAAUGAAAUAAUAUAGUUAUUUACAUCGGCAUUACAAAUUUUCUAGUAACAAACAGACACUAGGAACAAACUUGUUAUGCAUAAACAAAUUUGUGGUAAACUGCCCGUAUCUUAGAAUAGCCAGGAAGUUUGUUUCAACAUGUGUUGUAAUAAAAUUUAAUAAAAAAGAAGCCUAGUAAGGUUCUUGCAUAGAUAUAUUUUUCCAAAUAGAUAAAUUAAAAAAAAAGCAGGUUUCUAGAUGUCAGGUUAAGCCAGCCACCACAAGUAGCGCCUGUUUAUGAGUGUAACACAAGAAUUACUUCCUGCAACAAUAUUCUAGGGAAGGUAUUGUAAUAUUAUAAACAAUGGGUCUAAUUGGUGAAGUCAAUGAUGUGAAGGUUCAUGUUGAGAAUGAAGUGAACAGCUCGGAAUAUGAUGCUGUACUUGUGUUGAGUGGAGAGGGAGUGGUACUGCCACAAGUGUUGGAGGACUUCAUAAUUGCUGCUCAAGAGUUUGAUGCAGCUCUGGACAAGGAGGUGGGCGUGCUGCGGUGCCCACGAGUGUCGGGUGCGCGAUUGGUGGUGUCUCCGCUGGUCCCCGCCCUCUUGCAGUACGCGGAUGUGCGCACCGCACGCGAGGCGAGCGUGGCGGGCGUGAAGCGUGCGGGCCGGGCGGGCGUGCGACGCCUGCUCCUCGCACUCACGCCGCUGUGUGCCGCCCGAUGGCCGAGAGCGUCCUACGCCGCACUGCUGGCCGCGCUAGAGGCACUGUACGUGCCACUGCAGAUUCGCGAGUGGUCGCCGAAGAAGCGUCUGCACCCAAUAGAGAGAUUGGGCGUGUACUGCGAGGGGUUGUGGACGGGAGAGGGUGAAGUGGACCGGGUGGUCCGGGAGGCCGUAGCCGUGGAGGCCGGAUUGGGGCUGGCGCGGGACUUGGGCGGCGCGGACCCUGAGAGGAUGGCUCCCGCGAGGUUCGCAGAGUUUGUGGAGAAGGCUUUCGCUGGCAGCGCAGUACGGGUGCGUGUCGACAGAGACUCCUGGAGGGAGCGCUACCCGCUUAUGGCAGCCGUGUCCAGGGCGGCAGACCACAUCGAUGAGCACAGAGGUUGUGUCGUGUACUUGGAAUACGAGCCGGAGACAUAUGAAGAGACAUUAAUGUUUGUCGGCAAGGGCGUGACGUACGACACGGGCGGGGCGGACGUGAAGACAGGCGGCGCUAUGAGCGGCAUGUCGCGUGACAAGUGCGGCGCAGCUAACAUCGCCGGACUGUUCAAGGUGUGCGCGGGACUGCGGCCCGCUGUGAAGCUGGUGGGUGUACUCGGCGUGGUGCGAAACUCCGUGGGGUCGCGCGGGUACGUGUCUGACGAGCUCCUGGUUUCCCGUGGGCGACUGGCCGUGCGCGUGGGGAACACCGACGCAGAAGGGCGCAUGGUGAUGGCCGACCUCCUGCAUGAGAUGGCGGAGCGCGCAGCCCUGGAGCGUGCACCGCACGUGUUCACGGUGGCCACGCUGACGGGGCACGCGGCCCGCGCUAUGGGGCCGUACACCGCCGCCAUGGACAAUCACGUGGCGCGGCACUCGGGCUACGCUCACAAGCUGGCUGCUGCCGGCGAGGACCUCGGCGAUAUGAUCGAGGUGUCGGUGGUGCGGCGCGAGGACCUGGCGGCUCACCGCGGACGAGGGCCGGGCGACGACCUGCUGCAGGCGGCGCCCGCGCCCUCCACGGCCGUGCCGCGCGGCCACCAGGGACCCGCCGCCUUCCUGCUGCUGGCCAGCGAGCUGCACCGCCUGCCCGUACCCUACACGCACCUGGACAUCGCGGGCAGCGCCGCCGACCUACCCGCCGACCCCGUGCCCGCGACCGUGCUGGCUCUCGCCUCUGUACACCACAUUCUGAAACAUUAUCUGCUGCCUUAAAACAGGAAAUUAAAAUAAAAUUGGACGUAAUUCCAGAAAAACCUUCCAAACCACAAUCAUGUCGAAAUUGAGUUCAGAACACAAAACUGGUCACGUGAUUCACAUUAACGGAAUGACAAAAAAUGGCAGCCCUACUGUCUCACUCUUUAAAUGACAUCAUGACUAAGUAGCCCAACCCACAAGUACGGAAUACACUAACAUUUAGUAAACUUUAAACACGAAUUCCUAAAAAAUGUGAUGUUUGUGGCUUGGAACGUUUUUCAGGAACUACAUCCAAUUAUAUUUCACUAAAAAAAGUUAUAUUUUACUGUAAUAUAUGUCCACAAAUUGUGAUAAUAACUCAUAGCCAUAUGUGCCUCGCCUAAUAACGUUUUUGAUAUUUGUUUAUUUACUCCAUCGCAAAAGUUUGAUAAAAUAUAAGUAACAAAAUUCUUGUUUUGAGGGUACAACAACUUAACAGGAUGCAAUAAAUUAAUUAUUGCAGAAUUAUAUCCAUGUACACAGUACACACCUACAAAGCAUAUAUUAUUAGGAUCUUAUUAUUUUCUAUAUAAGAAUAGCAAGUAUACCUAAAUGUACAUUCAGCAUAAUAAAUCUUGAUCGGACAUAAUAAUUUUUUUAUAAGUAAUAAAUGUUUAAAUAUACUUACACAUGUUAACAUUGUAUUAUUUUCAUUUUUAAAUUUACAUGAAUUAUAAAAGAGCUAUAAAAA